CUUUUGGUAGUCGUAGGUUCUUCUGUAGGGGACAUGGAUUCCCACUUCUCUUUGUUGUCUGCAGAGGUAAAUUAUUGCAGUCCAAAUGUUCCUUAGUCUGACUAAGCAUACCUUUAAACAUGGAUGUUAUAUUUAUGGAAUUAAAAGAUUCAUAAAUGUUGCAAGCUGUACUGUGCUAUCAUUGGGCACUAUUUGCAGUAACAUUUCUCUGCUACCCAUGAACUGCAUCUCAGCUAAAGCUACAUUUUAUUAAAAACAACUGCCCACCUGCAGCAAAGAUUUUCUAUAUUGUUAAUAACUCACCCUAAGGAUAGGGAGAGACUUGUUCUUCUUUAUACAUUCUUUCUUUCCUCCACUGUCUUUUAGUAAGUAGGAAAUGUUUUCUUCCUACUUCCUCUUGCCCUACAAUUCUGUAUGCUUCAUAUAGAGGAGGGAUAUUUUUCUGGAGUUAACACUGCUGUACUCAAAAAUUAACAGCAGGUGGUGCUAUAUAUAAAGUUCCUAUUCGAUCUUGUUAAAUUCAUUGUGGCUGGGAGGGAAAGAGUAUUUAAGUGCUCAAAACAGCAGGCACAAUGUUUCAGCAAGUUUUUUAAGGCUCUCUAAAAAUAUAAAAUAGUCACCUGAGCAUCAGAGUCCAAGUACACAAAUUAUAGGCUUUGUAUAUGCAGGAGGUUGUCAACUGUGAGUAAAAGCAAAAGUUUAGAGUCAGUUUCUACUAUAAUUUAAAUAAUAAUGAAAAUAUUUUUUGUCAGAGUGAUAAAUUGCCCAGAUAAUUCCACUUAUGUUUUAGACAAAAACUAGCUUUUAAGGGAGGUGAAGUGGGAGACAACUGGUUUUUCAGUAUAGUUACAAUAUAGUUAUAUAGAAUUUUGUUUAGUUAAUUUAAACAUGUUCUGCAUUUAGGCAGCACAGAUGCUGGUUCUCAAUAACACAAUCUCAACUCUUCAAUUUUGCUGUAUGUGCAUGCAGAGCAGUAAAGUUAUCUCCUUGUUGCAGCAAUUUGGGUAAGAGAUCUCUAUGCACUCACCCUACUGACAGAUAAAGUAUUCUCAAGGCUGAAGGCAAGAGUACUUUGGAAAGCAAUAAAAUAAUAUUGUUAUUAGUGUGGGGACACACACUGUUACUGCUUCUUGAAUUCAUGUAACAACAGCUUUUCCAAAUGGAGGUAAGGUGCCGCCUUCUCAGAUUUCCUUCAUACAUCCAAGAAUGAUAGCACAAAUGUGCCUCCUCACCUUCCUGCUCAACUGAGGCAUUGGUGUCACCAGCCCCAGCCAAGCAGGUGAUUCUGCUUUUGUUACCUUUUGCAUCCAGAACAUCUAUUUAUUUGUUCAUCUAUCAAUUGAACGUCCUGAUUUGUUAUCAUUUCAGUGUCAGCUGUUUCUGGGAGCACUUAUCUGCAUAAUAGAUAACUGCAGUUAAAUAUUACUCCUACUAUAAUAUAAAUAGUGUGGACACAGUGUUUCUGAACUAGGUCCAGAAAUGGAGCUGGUUUGUAAGACAGUUGUCUUUUUCUUGUUAGUCUCUACUAGCUUUGGGAUAGAUGGGGAAUUAGCUCAGGACUUUGUUGCCAUUGCUGGACCUCUGCCUACCACAUUAGUGCACAGACUGCAUCUGCAGAGCCACGUUCUACCCAAAGAAGCUUUGGACCCUACUAUGUCUGAAGCCCGUGAUGACUUCUGUCAGCAAGAUACUGUGAUUUCCCAACUGCUCCAGUACUUCUCCCACCUCCGUGAGAUUGGGGUAACACAUUACAAAGUCUUCCUGCCAUGGGCACGCAUUCUUCCUGAUGGGGACGCCAAGAAGCCAGACGAAGCUCAAGUGCGAUGCUACCAGGAGCUGCUCAAAAUGCUGGUUGCUGCAGACCUCAGGCCAGUGGUUGUUCUCCAUCACAAGGGUGUUCCUGACAGUGUGGCUGUAGGCAGGAAGGCGAGCUCUUUUGCUGACCUUUUUGUGGAUUAUGCAGAGUUCAGUUUCUAUGUUUUUGGGGGCCUGGCUGAUAUGUGGCUCACCUUCAGUGACCUGCCUGAGCUCCUGGGAAGCCUGCCUUACAGUGACCCCCAGGUCCGUGUCCAGGCCCUGGCUUCUGCUCAUGAAAGAGCUUACAGUGUUUACCAUGAGAAAUACUCUGUGUCAGGUGGAAAGCUGUCCAUUGCUUUAGGAAUGGAUCUUAUCUUGGAUAGGACUUCAUCUGAGUUGCUUUCAGUUUCUCUUCAGGAUUCAGUAGACUUCCUGUCUCUUAGCCUUCAGUACAGGUGUGGAAAUGAAACAGAUUUCUACCUGAAAAUGAGUGAAUUCCAGGAAGUCUGGAAGGACAUAGAAGUAUUGCUUUUUAGUAUAAAGUUCCUUGACUGUGAUUCCUUGGAAGAGAAUCCAUUCAUACCAGUGGCUGCCAUUGUCACUGCUCUUAAUAAAGAGAAGGCACGUACAAUUGGAUAUGAUGUGAAUGAAUUCUUGGACUUCUCAUCUCAUGUUUCAAGCAAAACAUAUACUCUACAAGAGAAUCCAAUUGCUGCCCCUCGCUCCUCCUAUCAAACAGUUUGGGAAAUGUUUGCUAACCAGUCUGAAUUGGAGAGGGAUACUUUCCUGCAAGAUGUUUUCCCAAGUGGUUUCCUCUGGGGCACGUCCACAGGUGCCUUUAAUAUUGAAGGAGCCUGGGCAGAGGAUGGGAAAGGAGAGAGCAUCUGGGAUCAGUUUGGGCAUGAAGGUCAUGUCUACAUGAACCAAACAACAGAUGUGGCAUGUGACAGCUACCAUAAAACCAGCUAUGAUGUUUAUUUGCUUAGAGGUCUUCAUCCCCAGCUGUACAAGUUUUCUAUAUCCUGGCCUAGAAUUUUCCCUGCUGGCACCAAUGAAACCAUCAGCAUCAAGGGUGUGGAUUAUUAUAACCAAUUAAUUGACAGGUUGCUAGAGGCUAACAUUGAGCCCAUGGUGACUCUUUUCCACUGGGACCUCCCCCAGGCUCUUCAGGUUCUUGGUGGCUGGCAGAAUGACAGUAUCAUAGAUGCUUUUGCAAACUACGCAGACUUCUGCUUUGCCACUUUUGGGGAUCGGGUCAAGUUUUGGGUUACGUUCCACGAGCCUUGGGUUAUCAGCUAUGCUGGCUAUGGCACCGGAGAGCAUCCUCCAGGAAUCACUGAUCCAGGAAUAGCAUCUUACAAGGUGGCUCACACAAUUCUCAAGGCUCAUGCUAAGGUCUGGCACCUGUAUAAUGACAGAUACCGUUCUCAGCAGCAGGGAAGGGUAGGGCUGGUGCUGAACUCGGAUUGGGCUGAACCCCAGACUCCAACCAACUCUGAGGAUGUGAAGGCAUCAGAGAGGUACCUGCAGUUCAUGCUUGGCUGGUUUGCUCACCCUGUAUUUGUUAACGGUGACUAUCCAGAUAUCCUGAAGGCUCAGAUCCAGGAAGUAAACCAGCAGUGCUCCAACACAGUUGCACAGCUGCCUGUGUUUACGGAGGAGGAGAAAACCUGGGUGAAAGGAACGGCAGACUUUUUUGGCCUUUCCCAUUACACUUCCCACCUGGUUAGUGCCGUGACUAAUGAUACCUGCAUACCUGGAUAUGAAAGCAUUGGGAACUUCUCUUUGCACGUAGAUCCUUCGUGGCCAAAGACUGCCUCUUUUUCAAUCCAUGUGGUCCCGUGGGGAUUAAGAAGGCUGCUGAAGUUUGUGUCCCAGGAAUAUACAGGGGCAAAGAUCCCAAUUUACAUAGCAGGAAAUGGUAUGCCGACAGAAGCCACAGGGGAUCUUAUUAAUGACACUCUGCGAGUGGAUUAUUUCCGCCGAUACAUCAAUGAGGCUCUAAAAGCGGUAAAACUAGACGCAGUUGAUGUUCAGUCAUAUAUUGCUCGAUCCCUGGUUGAUGGCUUUGAAGGCCCAGGGGGUUACAGCCUAAAAUUUGGGCUACAUCAUGUGAAUUUUGAAGAUAGCAACAGACCAAGGACUCCCAGGGCAAGUGCUUAUUUCUAUUCCAGUGUUAUUGAAAACAAUGGUUUCCCAUCCAAAGUCUCAGACAGAAGUUCUGCGUCGGUGGUAUUUGGCCUACCCACACCAUCAAAGUUGCCGAGUCUACCAGCAUCAGAAGUUCCCUCCAAGUCAAAAGUUGUCUGGGAGAAGUUUUCAUCCCAAACAGACUUUGAAAGAGACAUGUACUUUUAUGGGACGUUCCCAGAGGACUUUACAUGGGGUGUGUCAUCUUCUGCAUACCAGAUUGAAGGAGGUUGGGAUGCGGAUGGCAAAGGACCCAGUGUUUGGGAUAACUUCACCCAUGUACCAGGAAACAUAAAAAACAAUGACACUGGAGAUAUAGCUUGUAAUAGCUACAACAAGGUAGAGGAAGAUAUUUACCUGCUGAGAGCCUUAGGGGUAAAGAACUAUCGUUUCUCUCUGUCCUGGCCUCGAAUCUUCCCCAACGGAAGGAACAAUUCAAUAAACAGCCAUGGUGUUGAUUACUAUAACCAUCUCAUUGAUGGGCUGGUCGCAAACAACAUCACUCCAAUCGUCACCCUGUACCACUGGGACCUGCCACAAGCUCUCCAGGACAUUGGUGGCUGGGAGAACAGUGAGCUCAUUGAACUGUUUGACAGUUUUGCAGACUUCUGUUUCCAGACCUUUGGGGACAGGGUGAAGUUCUGGCUUACAUUCAAUGAACCCUACGUUAUUGCUUGGGUUAGUUAUGGGAUAGGGGAAUUUCCACCCAAUGUCAAUAAUCCUGGUGGUGCUCCCUAUGAAGUGGCACACACCUUACUGAAAGCUCACGCCAGAGUCUACCACACAUACGAUGACAAAUACAGAGCGAGUCAGGGAGGAGUCAUUUCUCUGUGUUUCAAUAUUGAUUGGAUUGAGCCAAAGACACCAAGCGACCCCAGGGACCUAGAAGCUGCAGACAGGUACAUGCAGUUUUUGGUGGGGUGGUUUGCACAUCCAGUUUUCAAAAAUGGGGACUACCCUGAAGUCAUGAAAUGGAAAGUUGGAAACAGGAGUGAGCUCCAAAACCUGCCGUCAUCCCGCCUACCGGUUUUCACAGCUGAAGAGCGUGAGUACAUCAGGGGCACAGCGGAUGUUUUCUGUUUCAACACCUACACUGCCAAACUUGUAACCCAUGCAACAACCCGACUGAAUCCCUUCUCUUAUGAGUAUGACCAGGAAAUAUCAACAGAUGUUGACAGCUCCUGGCCUACCUCAGCUCUUGCUGGCCAUCGGGCUGUGGCUUGGGGGCUGAGGAGGCUGCUGAACUGGGUCAAAGAAGAGUAUGGAAAUCCUCCAAUGUACAUCAUUGAGAACGGAGUGGGGCUAAAGACCGAAUCGGAUGUUGAUGACCAAACCAGGAUACUUUACUACAAAACGUACAUAGAUGAAGCUUUAAAAGCUUACAAGCUGGACGGUGUUAAUCUGAGAGGAUACAAUGCUUGGUCUUUUCUGGAUUCCUUUGAAUGGUUGAAUGGUUAUGAGCCAAGAUUUGGAUUGCACGAGGUUGAUUUUGAUGAUCCCAACAGGCCAAGAACCCCAAGGCGCUCGGCUGUGUACUAUGCAGAAAUCAUUCGCAACAAUGGUAUCCCAUUGCCAAAAGAAGAUGAAUUUUUAUAUGGGGAGUUUCCAAAGAACUUUUGCUGGAGUGUAGCAACAGCUGCAUAUCAGAUUGAGGGAGCAUGGAGAGCAGAUGGGAAAGGACUUAGCAUUUGGGACAAAUACACUCACACUCCUUUGAAAAUCAGCAAUGAUGCCAAUGGAGAUGUAGCUUGUGACAGCUACCACAAGAUUGAGGAGGAUGUGGAAAUGCUGAAACGCCUCAAGGUGUCUCACUAUCGCUUUUCAAUCUCCUGGUCACGUGUUCUCCCAGAUGGGACCACCAGAUACGUCAAUGAAAUGGGAUUGAACUACUAUGAAAGGCUAAUUGAUGCUCUUCUGGCAGCCAAUAUUACACCUCAGGUCACUCUCUAUCACUGGGACCUCCCACAGGCACUGCAGGACAACGGUGGGUGGGAGAAUGAUACCAUAAUUCAGAGGUUUAAGGAAUAUGCUGAGCUCCUUUUCCAGAGAUUGGGAGACAAAGUGAAAUUUUGGAUAACCCUCAAUGAACCCUACAACACUGCAUAUCUUGGGUAUGGCUUUGGCACAGCUGCUCCAGGUAUCUCUGUUAGACCUGGGCGAGCCCCCUAUGUGGUGGGGCACAACCUCAUCAAGGCCCAUGCAGAAGCCUGGCACCUGUACAAUGAGACUUACCGUGCGAAACAAGGAGGACUGAUCUCUAUCACCAUCAACUCUGACUGGGCUGAGCCAAGGAACCCACACAAACAGGAGGAUUUUGAAGCUGCCAGACAAUACUUGCAGUUCCUUAUAGGUUGGUUUGCUCAUCCCAUUUUCAAAAACGGCGAUUAUAAUGAAGUGAUGAAAACGAGGAUUCGGGAACGCAGCCUGGCCCAGGGUCUGAGCAGCUCCCGACUUCCAGAAUUUACAGAAAGUGAAAAGCAAAGAAUUAAAGGCACAUAUGACUACUUUGGUCUAAAUCAUUAUACUACAGUUUUAACAUACAAGUAUGAGUAUUCUACUGGUAUUCUAUCGUAUGAUGCUGACAGGGGUGUUGCUUCAGUAACCGACCGCAGCUGGCUGAACUCUGGUUCCUUCUGGCUAAAGGUGACACCCUUUGGCUUCCGAAAGCUCCUGAGGUGGAUAAAGGAAGAGUACAACAACCCUCCUAUUUAUGUGACUGAAAAUGGGAUAUCAGAGAGGGGAGCCGUAGAUUUCAAUGACACUUGGCGAAUCCAUUACCAUCGGAACUACAUUAACGAAGCGCUGAAAGCUGUUGUGCUUGAUGGCGUUGACCUGCGCGGCUACACGGCAUGGACACUGAUGGACAACUUUGAGUGGGCAGUGGGCUUUGAUGAAAAGUUUGGGUUCUACCAUGUGAAUUACACAGAUCCCACAUUGCCACGGCUCCCCAAGGCCUCUGCCAGGUACUACUCCCAGAUCAUCAGCUGCAAUGGCUUUCUAGAUCCUGCAACAGGCCCACAUCCCUGUCUGGAAACGGAGCCUGAAGUGAUACCAGACACCACACCAGGACUGGCUGACAGUGUGCGCUUUCUGGGAUUAGAUUUAACAUCACACAGUGCAGAAAUAGCACUGUAUGUGCUUUUUGCUCUUUCUGGAAUUGGAGCACUGGGCCUGGCACUUAUUUCAUAUAAAUAUGGAACAUUAUCCAAAAGAUCUCAUAAGCAAUCAUCCAUGGAACUUAGUAAAAUGUAA